AGAGGCGAUGCCCUUUUGUGGAGAGGUCUUCUUGUCACAGAGGACAGUCGGCAUUCACAAUCGGGACACAAGGACACAAAGAGAAGAAGUGCAUUUUUGAAAAGGCUCCAUUCUUCCCCCGCUGCUCUCUGGGUGUUGACUGUGGGCGUUUGAGAGGAUCUUUGUUGCCCGGAAAAAAAAAAAGUAGAGGGGAAGAAUAAGCUCCGCGGACGAGUCGGGGGAGAUUUUAUGGAAAGGGUUACUACAGUGCAGUCGAUGCUGUCAUCUUCCACUCCACCUCACCCUCCUUUCUUGGAGUUACCAGUUUUGUUUUGGACGAGGAGAACUCUUGCGCACUGUUUUACGCACUGACUUUGGCCAGUGGUGCCUGCGCAGAGCUGUGAAAAUGAACUUUCUGUCAGUGCUUGCUUCGAGGUAGCAGUUUGUACUCAGUUAACCUAAAGAAGAAAUCAUUUUUCGGUAAACCUGGCUGAAGGAUGCCAACUGAUAAAUUCGCAAACAUGGAGGAAAAACUGUGGAUACUGGAGGACCUCAAUAUGAUGUACAUCCGUCAGAUUGCCCUCAGUUUGCAGGACAGCGAUAUUCAGAAGAAGAUUGACCAUGAGAUCCGGAUGCGCGAUGGAGCCUGCAAAUUGCUGGCUGCCUGCUCGCAAAGAGACCAGGCUUUGGAGGCGGCGAAGAGCCUGCAGACCUGCAGCACUCGUAUCAUGGCCUACAUGUCGGAGCUGCAGAGGAUGAAGGAAGCCCAGGUCAUGCAGAAUGUCCCACGCAGAGCUUCAGAUGCGGGGCCGAUGGACGACAGGCUCCCAUGCAAAGGAAAAGUGGCAAUCUCAGAUCUCCGGAUCCCUCUCAUGUGGAAGGACACGGAAUAUUUCAAGAACAAAGGAGAGCUGCAUCGUUGCGCUGUGUUCUGCCUGCUGCAGCUGGGAGGAGAGAUCUUCGAUACAGACAUGGUGAUAGUGGACCGGACACUCACCGAUAUCUGUUUUGACAACACCAUCAUUUUUAAUGAAGCCGGUCCGGGCUUUGAGCUGCGCGUUGAGCUGUACAGCUGCUGCUCAGAGGACGACUACUCCGCAGGAAGCACGCCGAGAAAACUCGCCAGCAAGCUGAGCUCUUCGCUUGGGCGAUCAGCAGGAAAGAAGCUCAGAGCGGCGAUGGAGCCUGGACCGUGUAGUCCUGUCAGCAACGGAGGGGGAGCCCCUCUCUUGCUGCCAGUUCCUUCAGUGCCCGGCCCUAAGUACCACCUCUUGGCUCAUACCACCCUGUCACUGUCACACGUCCAGGACAGCUUUCGCACGCAUGACCUCACCAUUUCGGGCAACGAAGAGUGUUCGUACUGGCUGCCCCUCUACGGCAGCAUGUGCUGCCGGCUUGCAGCUCAGCCCCACUGUAUGACCCAGCAGGUGAUGAGUGGAUGUUUGAAAGUAAAGCAGUGUGGAGGUGACCCUCAGAGUUGGACUAAAGUGUACGCCAUUCUUAAAGGAACAAGCCUUUUCUGCUACCACCGGCAGGAGGACGUGGAGGCUAACGUUGAGCCGGCUUUCACCAUUGGCAUUAACAAGGAGACCAGAAUACGUGCAGAGAAAGACCCUCACAGUAAAGUUCAGAAUAUAUGUAUCAGUAACCAGUAUGGAGGGGAGGAGGUCACACACACCCUGACCACAGAAAGCCGGGAGGACACGCACCGAUGGAUGGAGGCGUUUUGGCAGCAUUUCUAUGACAUGAGCAAAUGGAGACAAUGCUGUGAUGACUUAAUGAAAAUACAGCUUCCGUCGCCAAGGAAACCGACUCCUGUCACACCAAAACAGGGUUCUCUUUACCAUGAAAUGGUUAUUGAAUCAUCUGAUGACCUCAGCAGCAGUGUGUCAGACAUCUUGGCCCGGAGGAUGCGGGAGCUGGAGCUCCGCAGCCAGCUGGGAACCUCUCCAACCUGGAUGUCUGUGUUUGAGGAGGACAGUACAAAAGGCUCUGGUUUCCCCCGCCAGUGUUCUUCUCGGCUGUCUGGCCUCAGUCCCUGUACUCCUCAUCGAGUGUCCAGGAGCCCCAUGAGCGCCCACCGCUGCCCACAGCCGGGUCUGCUGUCCUCGGACGCAAGUCUGACGUCAGACAGCGACAGCCACUGUAGCACCAGCCCCUGCUCUCACCACCAAGGCUGGCCUGAGCCUUCCUCAAACUUCUCUCUUUCAUCAUCUUCCCCCUCCCGUCUGAGGCCACGCACUCUGUCACUGGACGCUAAGCUCAGCACCCUACGAGGAAGGGGGUACGGUGGAAAAGGGACCUUUCAGUGCGCCUGCCAGCCACCCCCUUCAUCGCUACUCGCUCCCCUCCCCGUUUCCUCCCGUUCACCUCAGUCACAACGCAGCACACAGACCACACUCUCCUGCUCCAGUUCCACCUCGAGCAACAGCUCCAGCAACAGUGAGGGCAGCCACAGCCCUGAGUCGUCCGAGGGAGUUCCUUUCUCCAGGCCCUCCCCGGCUCGACGCAGCCUAAGGAACAUCAGAGCCAGACUUGAUCCUCGUAACUGGCUACAAAGUCAGGUAUGAACUUGUUCCCAGGCUGACAUUAUAUGUCUUUUUAAAGGCAACAAUUUGCAUUAAACCGGGGUUUAACUGGCUUAACACCUGAACUAAACUCAGAGGAACUGCUUGGCCACAUGCACAUGCGUAAGGAGACUGCUGCUAGCACCUCCUUUGAUGGAGAGUAGAUUAAGGAGGACCCUCCUGGGUCAAACUGGAAUGUGUUUCUACACAACAGGUGAGUGACAAUCACUGCAGGAGUUGCUGGGCUGUCACAACAAAAAAAAGAUGGGAAAUAAAUUGUUCUUUAAGAGAUGAUGAUUGUGCUGUUUGGGAGAAAUGAAUGGCUGAAUACCUGUUUGAAUUCACACCACACAUGUUCUCCUGUCUCUGUCUUAAAUCCAAUUAUGAAACCGGAGAAGGUUUAGCUUUCCCUUCUACGUCAGCCUUGCUGACCACUUCUACAUUGUUUUGCUGUGAUGGCUUUCAGUGCACCAGCUCUAUUUUCGCUGGACAUAACCUGUUACGUUAUAAAGGUUUGGAAGCAUAAUCGUCCGGCGAGAUGAGCAAAUGGGUGAAGAGUCUUCAUACGUUAGGAACUGCUGCUACAUGGAGAGGGAAGGGUGGAUGUUUGUUGCCUGUAUUUUGAUACCUGCUUCAGUGUACUGACCUACAGUAAUUAUUUACAAAACCCAUGAUCUUCGUGAGUCUCUUGAAACAACUAUGCACCAUUUUGUUUUAUGCAUGAUACGAUUUGCAAUUUAAGUGUUUAACUACUUGAGGUAACUUCAACAGUGAACCUGGUGAAAACUUAGCCUAAUGCAAGCGCUCAUACUUACUGUACUGACAGACUGUGAUCUCUUCAGGGUAAAAAACUGUCUUCAGGUCUUUACCUUUACAUGAUUAUCUGCACAUCUUCAUGAGAAUCGAGUAAUAAAUCCUUGCGUACAAUACUGCCAUCAGGCAAAACUUAAGCUGUUAUGAAAACCCAAGCCAUACUUGAAAUUCUGCCAUACUGCAGUUUUGUAGGCUUUUCCAGUCCAUCACUCUUAUUAUGAAGCACAGCUAGACAUUAUUUUAUGGUGGCUGUAUCAUUGAAAAAUCAUUAGUCUGAUGACUGAAAAAGCAGAGAGGAAAUAAUUAAUUUUUCCCUUUUUUUAAUUAAUAUAGCAAUUGCAGAUUAGACAGCUUACAGCAUUUACUUUUGAUGACGAGGAACAAAGCUCAUCAUGACGGUCAGUGUUCCUUGUAAAAGUGGUAAUGACUCCCCUUUUCCAUUUCUGUUGCUUAUCGUGGCCCUCCUGGGACUCAGAACUCAAGCAGCCAUUUUUUGCUAUGUCAAAUGUGUGAAGAUGGCAUUUGUUAUUGUAAACUCAUUUUUACAAGUUAACAGAUAAACCUCGUUGUCUUUUGUUACUAUGAUUUUAUAAAUGCAGCUGUACUGAUGUCAUUAUCACAAUAUUAACAAUGUGCAGAUGUUAGUAAUAAAUACCAUUGAAUGUUAUAACCUUGCAAGUCUCUCUUGUUCGCAGGCUUUGUGUACAUCCAUCCUGAAAUAAGAAAAUGUGCAAAUCUCGUAAAUAAUAUGUUAAUAAUAAUAAUAAUAAUAAUAAAUGUUUUAUCAAU